GACGCACAUCACGAACACUGAAGCGAUUUCUUCCAUACAGAUUAAACUCGUGACUUGCGACUUUCUGUCGAUGUAUGCUGAAAUGCUAAUUAAUUUACAUCAAGUAAUAAAUCAAUAGUAAGGUUCUUUUUCAUAUAACAGUAGUAACUUUAAUGCAUCGCAUUCGGUGGAUAUAGAAAUAAUCGAGACUAUUUGUAAACAUCUUUCAAAAGUUUUCUGAAAUAUAGUUUAAUCAAGACUAUCAUCUAUACUUAAUAGACCCAUUAAUGCAAAUACGACAAUAAAACAUGGAUUUAUGUCGAAUUUCUUAUUAACUGAAAGUGGAUAUAGUACGUGCACGGAUAAAACAGUGUUAGAGUGUCCGCACUUCAGGAAUUAAUGACUAGUAACAUGUUUUUUACCAUGUUAUUCAAAAGGAUUUCGUGUGUCAUUCCAGUAGUAUUGCUGCUCAUAGAUGCCUUAGCUACGUCUGUAGGUGCGCAAGAAAAUCAGAAGCAAAGACACGAAGGCCAUCAUCAGUACCGUCACAUUCCAAACGAAAGAUGGGACAUUUGGAGCGAGUGGUCGCCUUGUUCUGUCGAUUGCGGAACUGGUGUAACUACCAGAUCACGUGAUUGUCGUUCUACUUUAACUGGAACAUUUUCCGAAGCUUGCAUAGGUAAAGGUGAAGAAAUAAAAGUAUGUGAGAUUACGGGUUGUUUAAAACAAGUGGAGCAGAGCUGCCGAGAACUUGAGGUGCGGGUUUAUGGAGGGAAACGAUACCGCUGGAUUCCGUACACACAUCCAAGCAGGGAGUGUGAGAUGGCAUGCCGUCCUAUUGGUGCCGGGUUUUACUUGGGACUGGGGAGAAAUGUUUCUGACGGCACGCCAUGUGGAGAUCUCGUGAACGAAGUCUGUAUUGCAGGACAAUGUAAAUCCAUAGGUUGUGACGGGGUUGUGGAAUCAGAAGCCACAGUUGACUCGUGCGGUGUGUGCGGCGGAGAGGGUGACACGUGUAAACGUAUCCAUAAAACAUUUACAGACAAUGUUAAGUUUGGUUACAGCACGAUAGCGACUAUACCACGUGGUUCAGCUAACAUACUCAUCAGGGAACUUGCAAACACGAGAAACUACCUUGUCAUAAAAGCGACAGACGGAAGCUUCCAGAUUAACGCUGCAUAUCGGUUGUCACGCUUCGGUGAUUAUCCUGCCGCCGGCACAAUGUUUACAUAUGAUCGUCAGACAGGACCCGACUGUCCCGACGAAUGUAUUCGUGCCGACGGACCGACUGAUGUUUCCAUUGAGGUCAUGAUUCUGGCUUACACAGACAACACUGGUAUAGAGUACUCGUACAGUGUUCCAACAUCUUACGUACAUUAUGACGACAGCGAGGAGGACAUGAUGCCAGUUGUAUACAUAGAGGGAGGUAGAAUUCCGAGUGAGAAAGAAGUUCGUGUCAAUUCCGUAAAUGGCGAUAAAAAACGACCUAUUUUCUCACACGAUUUUAAGUUUAAAAAGAACAAAAACAAGCCCGUGCAUGUCGAGCAUGAAGGUGUGGCAACAGAUACUAACAAGGUUGACAAUCAGCAUGGUAUGGAAAGUACACAGUCAACUCUAGAUACAGGACAAAACAAACCUGACGUUGAAACAACAACGACCAGUAACUCUGAGAUAAUAGUUGAGGAAAUAGCUGGUGAAGGUGGGGAUUCAAACGAAACUAUCAUCAUAGAAACAGAAAACGGCGAAGACAUCAGUAACAGAACAGACGCAUUGCAGGCCCCAAAGUCUGGCGUGAUAACGGAGGAAGGAGAACCGGGAGUAACAAUAGAAGAUAUGUAUAAUAACGACAACCGUAUACCGUCACUGUAUUCCUGGACGGUGUCGGGGUAUUCAGUAUGCAGUGCAACCUGUGGACAAGGCAAACAAACGCCUAACCUGGAGUGUAUUGUCACCGACAAAAAGGUCAAGGUCAAUAACACAUUUUGUAGCGGGGAGGAAAAGCCUGCAGCUUUGGUGAAAGAAUGUAACUACGGUCCUUGUCCAGCAAGCUGGAAACCAGGUCAAUGGAGUAAGUGUAGUGUGUCGUGUGGAACAGGGUACCAGACACGCCAGUACGUUUGUACCCGUACAAACGGGGAACAAGUAUCGAGAUAUGAAUGUGGAGUACCUUCUAUAGAACAAGAAGAAAAGUCGUGUGACAUGGGAUCGUGCACUUCCGGCUGGUAUUACACGGAAUGGCCUGAAAGAUGUCCGGUUACGUGUGCGUAUGGAACAAUUUCACGAGACGUUCAUUGCUUCAGUGAUACCGGAAAUGAACGAACAGCCUGUCCGGAGCGGGAAAAACCAGAGAGUGAGAAAAGCUGCAGAAAUGAUGAUUGUGGAGGAUUCUGGUUGACGGGACCCUGGUCAAAGUGCAACGGAACGUGUGGUAUGGCAUAUCAAAAUCGCGAAAUAGCCUGUGCCUCGAAAAGAUAUGGUGGAAGAGUCACUGUGGUAUCAGAGAGCGCAUGCGUGAACGAGGAGAGACCGGCAACAUACAUGUCAUGUGACUUCAAACCAUGUCAACCAGAUUGGUACAUGAAUGACUGGGGUCAGUGUUCCGUCACGUGCGGAUCUGGACAAAGAUCUCGUGACAUUCGUUGUCUAGACAGCAACAUGCAAACAAGUUCUAGCUGCGAUCCCGCCAAAAAGCCAGCAGACCGAGAACUAUGUACCCAGAGACGAUGUCCACUUGCGGACGAAUCAAUGCCAGCUGACAAUACAAACCAGAGAACAGACCCACCACCUGCACCACCUGCUCCACCUAAACAAGGUCCAGUUAUUCCAGGAUGUAAAGACAAGUUUUCACAGUGUCGCAUGGUCCUACAAGCAAGACUUUGUCAGUAUAAAUACUAUCAGAGAAUAUGCUGUGCCUCGUGCGAAUCUUUAAAAAGGAACACGUGAAAAAAGGGAAAAAGUGUCUUAAUGAAGGUGCAGAAAUAUGUUCUAAAUUUGAAAUACUAGAAUACCAAUAGUGUGAUAUAGAACAAGAAACAUGUCAUUAUAGAUCAUUGAAGAAGCAAAAUCAAACGGGGUUCCUUUGUAAAUAGAUGCUAUAAAUACACAAGAAGCUUUUGUUCAUAUUCCAUGUGAGCAGGUAAUCAUACGAAAUUCCGUGCAUACAAUGAAAGAUGCGCAUGUGUCUUUAUAGAAUUCAUAUGGAGAAAAAAAGCUCUGUAUUAAUAACAAAAUGUAACAGUGGCAUCAGACCCAGCAGGGAGUUAAGUAAGGUUAUUGGACUCCCUGAUAAAGGAGCUAUUGAAGAGUUUGAUGACAUUUGACGUGUAUAGAAGAUUCAGGAACACUGUCUCAUAAUGAAACGAAGGUGUAAAAUUAUCACCAAACUCUACUAACCGAAUUAUGCUUUGCUUGCCAUACACAUACAUAGUAAGGACAUUUUGUACAGAUUCUUUAGGAUAUCUUGUUUACGUCUUAAUAAUUGCCUCCGUAGAUUCUGCGCAAAGCAUCAAGUGUAACACUUUCUUGGUCCUACUUUUCAUCUUUGUUUAUAUUUCUGUGUUUGGAAUCAACAAAUAGCCCCAUUUAUAUACAUUGUUAAACAAGAAUUCUAACAUGGCUUUAUUUGAUUCCCAGCUGAAUCAAGAAGUUCAAGCUCUUUAUAUUUAAGAAAUAAUAAGUUCCCAAGCGUGGUUUAUCGUAGAAUAACCCGUGUUUUGAGUUCUUAUGCGUAAGAAUAUAUCAGGCCUGUGUGGUAUAUUGUUUCGCCUCUGGUUAUUCUACGAUAAGUCACACUUAGGAACUUUUGUUUCGAUUCUAACACGACAUACUAAUAUCAACAGUGUUAGAAAAAAUGGAAACUACUUUUUACGACAUGAACUACACUUCGUGCUAGCACCUGGAUCAUUCUAUGCAUAGAGGAUGACGUCACUACUUUGCACGCGCAUGGAUUAUUGCAAAAUAACCGUUGAUUGAUUUUUUCCUAUGUGUAUAUAGGGUAUUUGCUGGUCGUGUUAGAAUCUGCAAUAAACAACGGUUGACGUGCGGACCGGUAAGAGAGCAUUAUGACGUCAAAUUGCCACGUGACAUCCAGUUUAUUACUACUCGGAUAAACGAAGACAAGCAUAAUUGUUAUCAAAAUAUUUCAAUGAACAUGUUAGAAUGAAAACAGUCAAUGCCUUCUUGCAGUUUGUCGUCUAAUUUACCACGGUUCAUCGUUCAGAUGCUCAGAUUUUAAAACACUCGGACGCCCUCGUACGAUUCUUGCGCAUCUGAACUGCGAAUAUUGAUAAAUUAGACGAUAAACCACUCAAAGGCCUUUUUUGUUAACUGAAUUUCAGUCCAGAAGUUAAAACACUAGUUGAAAUAUUUGAUAUUCUUGAAUUAACAAGAGU